ACCAAGAGAAGUUCUCUUUCUAUAAUCCACUUUUUGCGGCCAAUUUUGCUUAUAAGUAAGGAACUCUUUUAAAUACCUUUCAUUCUCCUACAUAUUAUAGAAACUAGUCCCACAUAUAUAACUACUUCCUUUCCUUAAAACCUUAAUAUAUAUCACCACUAGUUAUAUACAUUGUGUUAAGUCCUUGCACUAGCAAGAAGAUAUAUACAUAGCAACUUAUAGAAGAGAGAAAAAUAAACAAGAAAAUGGCAGGGUUUGAUGAAUUUGGUGAUGAAGAACAUUAUUUUCUUGGCCAUCAUACUGAUGCUGUUAUCUUUGAACUUAAUAGUUUGCAGAACCAACUCAAAGAGAAGGAUCGAGAACUUGGAGCGGCACAAAGUGAAAUAAAAGCUUUGAAAGCAACAGAUGUUCUCAAAGACAAGGCACUUGAAGAGCUUGGAAGUAAAGUUCAAAGACUGGAAGAAAAACUGAAAAUCGAUGAUACCCUCCUUGAACAAAAGAAUCUUGACUUAAAGAUUCUCAGUAAUGAGAAGAAAGAAGCUUUGGCUGCACAAUAUGCUGCUGAAUCAACUCUUAGAAGAGUGUAUGCAGAGCAGAAGGAUGACGAUUCACCUCCUAUCGAGUCCAUUAUUGCUCCUCUUGAAGCAGAGAUUAAGAUGUAUAAGAAUGAGAUUGCAACAUUACAAGAGGAUAUAAGGGCUUUGGAAAGACAAAACAAGUCAAAAGAAACAGCAUUACUUGAAGCAGAAAGGAUACUAAAAAGUGCUCUUGAAAGAGCACUAAUAGUUGAAGAAGUUCAGAAUCAGAACUUUGAGCUGAGAAGACAAAUUGAAAUCUGCCAGGAGGAACACAAAAUACUUGAUAAGACGAACCGUCAAAAGAUUUUAGAAGUUGAAAAGCUUACACAAACUAUUAAAGAACUUGAGGAAGCAAUUCUUGCUGGAGGUGCAGCUGCUAACAAGAUUCGCGAUUGCCAGAGACAAAUUUCUGAACUACAAGAGGAGAAAAGGACAUUGGAAAGGGAACUAGCAAGACUCAAGAUUUCAGCAAAUAGAGUAGCAACAGUCGUGGCAAACGAGUGGAAAGAUGAGAAUGACAAAGUAAUGCCUGUUAAACAGUGGCUAGAAGAGAGAAGGCUGUUACAGGCGGAGAUGCAACGACUAAGAGACAAGCUCGCAAUAUCAGAGAGAACUGCUAAGGCUGAAGCACAAAUCAAGGACAAGCUAAAACUGAGGCUCAGGACUUUGGAAGAAGGGCUGAAGCAAGCAACAAGUGUCUCUGUUAUUCCUAAUGGAUCGCUGAAACCUCAAAAAACUAAUCAUUUGUUUGGUAUUUUAUCGAGCAAUGCUGGAUUGAAAAAGAGAUCAACGUCUCAACCAAGGGUGUCUACCAUUAAAAAGAGUUCCAAGCAGCCAAGUUUAGAAAAAAGAAGAGAUGAUGCUUCGAAGCAAUUCAACAAGGAAGGCUCGGGAGAUAGUUUGGUGAAGAAGAGCCUAUGGGCUUCUCGAAAUAAAGUUGUUGACAGUGCUGAAAAGGAAAAUGCAGAAAUCAAAGAAAAUUCUAAUGGGCACGUAUAUAGCAAGGAAAUGACACAUAUGCAGAAAAUCAAGGACAGGGUUGGUGAACAUGAAGAGAAUAAGAACAACGCUGGAAGCAGUGAGAGCAAUGAUAACGAUAUGGUAUCAGGAUUUUUGUAUGAUAGGCUUCAGAAAGAGGUACUAUGUUUGAGGAAAUUCUGUGAGACGAAAGAGUCUGCUUUGAGUGCUAAAAAUGAAGAAACCAAGAUGCUAAUGAAGAAGAUUGAGACACUAAACAAAGCCAUAGAAGUCGAAUCUAGGAAAAUGAAGAGAGAAGCAGCUAUAAGAGAGAAAGAUUUAGUAUCAACAAAGACAGAUGACAAUACAAGAAACAGAAACUCAUUAACAAGCUCCGUUAGGGUCAUAAAAUCUUGAAGAAGAUAUAUAUGUUGGCAGAAAAAGAUCGAUCAGACCUUUGUUCAUCAGUGUGAUAUAUUCUUACAAUCCUUGUAUAUACAAAACGCAGUUGAGUGAGUAGCUACAGAAUAAAGUUCUGAUAAACUUGUAAAGUGAGGAACUAAUUGAGUCAUAUUUUGGAGAGUGAUUUCAUAGUGUUAUUAACGCUCGUUGAUUUGUUUGGUCCAUACCCUUCUUUGAUAAGCCGUAACUAUUCAAAGAUCCCAUCAUUCAUAGUAGAAAGUGGAAUACAUGCAUUCAAGUUCCAGAAAUUUGUAUUAUUUCUUCUGUUCAUAUAAAAUACUACAAUCAAGAAACAGAGAUUUCAUGUUUUUGGGCCUAUAAUAGAAGUAAAAAACAAUAUUCCCUCCGUCCCAAAAAGAUUGUCUUAGUUUAACUUGGCACAAAGUAAGAAAUAAAGGAAUACUUUUGAAAUGUGUGGUCCAAAAUAAGCCUUAGAUAUUUGUGUGGUUGUAAAUCAUUUCAUAAAGUUAAAUUGCUUCUAAAUAUAGAAAGGUGCCAAUCUUUUUGGGACAGACUAAAAAAGAAACGAAGACAGUCUUUUUGGGACGGAGGGAGUAGGUGAAAGUGAAGCUUCAUAUCUUAUAGCGCUCAUAAUUAAACUCAGGGAUGGCAGGUAAAAAUGGCCACCCUUCUUAGUAUCUCCUUUUACAACAAUAACAAUGUCUAAAUAUCAAACAAGUUGAGGUUGACUAUAUGAAUCC